UCACUGCACAGACCGCGAUGGAGGCAACAUGGAUUGCUCAUGUAGCUAUAAUGUUUGCUGUUUGUAAUUCAUUGGUUUAUGGCAGUUGUAUUGAGCCCGUUACACAGUUAUCCGACAUGCCUCUCCGACAACCUAGCAGGCAUUGGGGAGAAGAAGGAAAUCUUGGUAUCAGCGAUGAUGAUUUAAACUAUGAUUGGUACAGUGUUGUAUAUAAUGGAUGGCAAUUUAUUAUGGUUGACUCAACUGAAAAACCAAAUUAUACAGACUGUUCAACAUACUAUCCAGUUUACUUGAAAGAUACACAUCCAUCGCUAAGAAGUUUGAGUACAACACCAACAAAUGUUAUUGCCUGCUUGCGUGAUUACUUGUUCCCAUGUGAUAUACAAUAUGAAGUGAAGAUAAGAAGAUGUGAAAAUGAAAUCCAGUAUUUCCUGCCUGAAACCAAGGGAUACAGUGCAUUCUGCUUUAGAAAUCAUUCUAAACUAACCUUCCCACCUGAUAUAUCAGAUGCUGUCCUAGGAGAUAUAGGCAUUGCACCGGAGCUCAAAUUCACAGAAACAACAGUACCUUACGGAGAUACAGAAACAAUUAACUUUAACCCAUUCUUUCAAUUCAGAUGUUUCUUCAAUUUACAAGAGGAUUUCUAUUACAAAGUUAACUGGUACAUAAACGGGUCACUUAUUGUUUCGUACGGACCGACAUUAAAUGCCGAUGACCUACUGUUUCACGAAGACGUGCUUAUGAAUAACUCAAUAGAAAUGGGCUUUUAUAUUUAUUGUGGCGUGAGUGCUCUUACAUCUGAUUCUGUUGAUGCCGGGGUAACAGAAAUGUUGUACAGUACAAGCUAUUAUGCAGGCAUAAAAGUAUCAAGUACAACCAUCAACAUUAAUAAAGGUGACACAGAGGUUCUUCAAAUGACAUCAACCAUGCCAAUAGGCUGCAGAUAUAAUGUUCAACCUAACGAGUCAUGUGUUGUAAACUUUCAAAUAUUUAAUAGUAACGACAGUAGAUUUCAGUGUAAUGUUGCUGGUAUAGCUAAUAUAGCUAAUAUAGACGAGCCGUUAAACCAACGAUGCUCAAAUGGUUUUCAGACGCUGAAAAAAGAAUCGGUAUGGAAUCCUGAUACAGUGUUUAAUUUUUCCAUAAUUACGACGGACAUGAAUUAUGAUGAUGAACGACUUUAUUACCUGUUGUUACAGUUUCCUAAUACCAUGGGUCAUCGAAUUUGGCGGAAUUAUAAUUUUCCGGUGAUUAAGGUUAUCGUAUCUGACAAAGGAGAAUACAGAAAUAAGAUAUGUUAUUCUCACAUAGAUCCACAUAUGAGAUCAGCCGACGGCGUUUAUUACGAGCAACAACGAAAGAAUGGCCAGCUCUUUCCGGGUGUAUUCUUGUUAUAUAAUAAUACGGAGUAUGGAAUCGAGGUUCAAGAGCAAACUAAGAUCUGUAACCGUGGAUGGGCAACGUGUGCCUGCGGGGUUGCUAUUCGAGCCGGUAAAGAUGUUUUUAUGAUAAAUAGAUGUGGAAGCAUCAGCUACCUUGGCUUUACAAAAUGCGAAGACGGGGGGAUUUUACAAGUUGUAAGGAUUAACGAUUACAGGUACAAUGUGUUCACCCCCAUUGGAACGAAAAUAACAAUAAGACUUUUUCAUAAUGAAUACGGCGGACAUUACGGUGGAACAAUGAACAUAGACAUUACAAUGGCACCUAAAGACUUGUAUAACAUUGAAGGAUUGUGUGGACAGUUUGACAAUAAUCCUGCCAAUGAUUUCCGGCAUAGAGACGGAACUAUUUCAGAAAUAAACUACACCAAUAAAAAUAGUCAUUUUGCAGACUUUACAGAAAGCUGGAGUUUAACAUCAGAUGAAACCAAGCACCUCAACUUAUUUCUAACAGGAAAUAGGAUCCUUCAAAGUUGGGGUGAUCUGAAUGGGAUGUUUUGUGUCUGUUCAAACGAAACAAAAGAAAAAGUUGCAGAAGCAACAUGCUAUCCGACCCAAUAUUUGAAUUGUACAAUGAGCAGAUCAAUUACUGGUACAAAAUGUAACGUACAAAGCAGAAGAAAGAGAAGCGCCGAUGGUUACUUUAAAGAUGAGAAAGAAUUAGACAGAUUACUAAAGUUAAUGGCUCCAUCUCAAACAGUUACACCAGAAAUAAAAACUAGGAACAAACGUCAAGACAUCAUUGAUGACAUGAUUACGGAAGAAACAGCUCAAAAAUUAUGCGAAGCUAAAAUUUCCGGUAGUCUAGCAGUGCAAGAAUAUACAGAAGUUAGUGGCAAUGAAGAUCCAGAUGAAGUUAUAAAACAAUGUAUAUUUGAUGUAGUGACUGGGAAUGAUACGUCAUGGGCUCUAGCGCAUGUAGAAUCUGUUAAUAACAUUGUAAAGAACAUAAUAGAACUUGAACCAUCAUACACUGCAAAUAACACUGAAAAGGUUGUUACAUUCUUUAAAAAUACAUGUCCUGGGAACUGUAGCAACAACGGUGAAUGUACAGACACAAGUGAGUGUGUUUGUUUUGGAUUUUUCCAUGGAGCAGAAUGUGACAUUGAUGAAAGAGAUCCUUUAAUUAUCGACGAUAUCGAAGGCGGUGGAGAAUGUGAUCUAGUCGAUGGUGACGAAUGUUCAUGUUUCCAUGUCAGAUCUUCAAAUAUUCUCGAAGGCUUUAAAUGCCAGGCCAAUAUUUCAAAGAUAACAGUUAAAGGGGAAAGGGAGAUUAUUUCGACACAAACAUUUCCCGGUGGUUACGAGGAUAUAUUUACUGGAGUGUGCUGUAUACAAGACAACGUAAUUGGUACUGAAGAUGCAUUCUUUACGAAGUACGAUAUUUCUAUCAGCAACAAUGGCAUUACUUACGGAAAUGAUAAAAACGUUUAUGUGUUCGACUCCACUUGUCAAGAAGCAGUGAAUGGUUCUUCCGAUAAUGUAUCGUUCAGUUUAAAGCCCGAGUUUUGCUUUAUCGAUGGCGGUUGUGUAGCAGAAAAUGAGAUAGCUCCAAUUGGUUGUUUAGCUUGUCGGUCUUUGACUGAUGGGUAUAAUUGGACAGUCCAUAACCCAUGUCAGAAUGAAGGUAAUUGCACCAACGAAUCUAACGGCUAUUUGUGUGUUUGCCAUGGCGGAUAUGGCGGAAAGAAUUGCGAAUAUGAUAUAAAUGAGUGUGAAUCAGACCCCUGUGAAAAUGAUGGGACUUGCUUAGAUCAUCUAAAUGGUUUCAACUGUUCCUGUGCUGAUGGUUUCACUGGCACUUACUGUGAAAUUAAUAUUAACGAAUGCUCGUCACAUCCAUGUCAAAAUAAUGGGAUAUGUGAGGAUGGUAUAAACAUGUACAUAUGCGAGUGUCCACCAGGUUUUGAAGGAACUCAUUGUGAAACAGAUAUAGAUGAAUGUUCGCCAAAUCCCUGUAAAAACGAUAGUACCUGUUUGGAUCGUGUCAACGGAUAUACUUGUGAAUGUGUGACUGGAACGUAUGGAGUUAAUUGUUCUGCUGUUGUAGACAAUUGCGCAGCAAACCCAUGUGAGAACGGAGGAACAUGUGACGAUAUCAACAAUUCACGGAUAUGUCAAUGUGUUGAUGGUUAUGCUGGUGCUAAUUGUGAAACUGAUAUAAAUGAUUGUGAAAUCAACCCUUGUGAAAAUGGUGGAAGUUGUACAGAUUUAGUAAAUAGUUACAAAUGUGCGUGUGUAGCUGGAUACGAAGGAAACAACUGUGCUACAGAUAUCAACGACUGCUUAAACGAUCCGUGUAAAAAUGGCGGCACGUGUCAGGAUCUUGUUAAUACAUACGAAUGUACUUGUGCUGCUGGAUUUGAAGGCACAAACUGUGAGAAUGGUAUCAAUGAGUGUUUUUCUGAUCCUUGCGAAAAUGGUGGUACAUGUAAUGAUCUUGUCAAUGAAUAUGAAUGUACGUGUGUUGAUGGGUAUGACGGAACAAACUGUGAAAACGAUAUCAAUGAAUGUUUAUCCAACCCUUGCAAGAAUGAUGGUACCUGUAAGGAUCUUGUAAAUGGGUACGAAUGUACAUGUGUUGCUGGAUAUGAUGGAAAUAAUUGUGAUAAUGACAUUGAUGAGUGUUCUUCCAUUAAUUGCUUGAAUGAUGGUACCUGUAAAGAUCUUGUCAAUGGAUAUGAAUGUACAUGUGUUGCUGGAUAUGACGGAACCAUCUGUGAGAACAACAUAAACGAGUGUUCUCCGGACCCUUGCAAUAAUGGUGGUACCUGUAAGGAUCUUGUCAAUGGAUAUGAAUGUACAUGUGUUGCGGGAUAUGACGGAACAAACUGUGAAAACAACGUAAAUGAUUGUUUAUCUAGCCCUUGUGAACAUGGAGGAACCUGUGAAGACAAAAUCAAUGGAUAUAAAUGUUUCUGUGUUGUCGGAUAUGAAGGUGACGAUUGCGAAAAUGCUUCAUCAGAUGUAGGCAUAGGAAGAGCUAAUAUUUUGUUGAUAUUUCCAUUCAAAUCAACAUUCAAUGUCUUGGAUCCGGAAUUAAAGAACGACGUAAAACUUCAGUUGAGCAAUGUGUAUGAAGACAGAAUGGGGGAAUCGUGCAAGGCCGUAGUUAUAUUAAAAUUGAGUGUGGGAAGUCUAAAAGUAGAAUUUGAGGUUAUUUAUGAUAAUGAAACAUCAGCUACAAACGAUCUGACUAAGACAACUAUCGCUUUCUUGUCUGGGGAAAAGGCAAUUCAAGUAUCUAAUGAAACAGUUCCUGCAACUUCCGGGGAGAUAAACUCUAUCACUGUUACAAACGAAACAUCGAGUGAAUUUAUACUGUGUGCUGUGUAUGAAACACUGCACGGAUCUUGUCAAGAAAAUCAAAAAUGUUCUGUAGUAAAAGAAAGCCCUUCAUGUGUGUUCAUAAAUGAAGAUGACCCAAGUAGAGUCGGUUUGACGAUUUUGAUCGUUGUUGUGCUUUGCUUGAUAUUUGUACCAGCCAUCAUUCUGAUCUUUAUCCGCUUAGUUAAAAGAAAACCAAGCAUUUAUAUAGGGAGUGAAGAUAUGCAGUAAUAGGAUUUGAGAUGUCAUCUUAAUGGGCAAAUUCUAAACUGGCAGGGUCCAAUUGAAUCCUUCUAAGUAAUGGAUCUUUUUUAUAUGACAGAUAUUUUUCAGACUACUCAAUACAAAAUCUAUGGAUAGAAAUUAUGAGAUUUAAAUAAAAUAUUAUGUCCUGAAAUAACAAUACAUGUAUGCUAAACAACGAUUUACCUAUAUUUUUCGACAUAUCCAUAUACAUGAGAAACGUAAAUGUUACCACAUAUACGUUGCGAAACAAACUAAUUUUGUCUUUCAUGAUUAUUGUCUUUUCAGUUUUUGUGUUUAUGCAUACGUAUGUGUGUGCGUCCGUGUGUGCGCGCGCGCGCACGUGUUAGUGUGUUUAAACAAACUUUAAUCAAAUGUCUAUAUUGUCCAUUUACACUGCGCAAAUAGUUCUGCCAAUAAAAUGUAUGUAUGAUAAAUUUGCAUGCUCCGUGGCCGAGUGGUUAAGGUCGCUGACUUGAGAUCACAGGUCCCUCACCGCUGUAGGUUCGAUCCUCACUCGGGUCGAAAUCUUUCAUGUGAUGUAGCCAUCUAGCUGGCUUACGGAAGGUCGGUGGUUCUACCAAGGUGCCCGCUCGUGCCUGAAAUAAUGCCCGGAGGGGCACCCGGGGUCUUCCUCCACCAAUAAAGCUGGAAAAAAAUCGACGAAAAAAUCUCGUCGGGAUGCUCUAGGAUGGCCUGGCUUGAGUAUACGGUCGCCCAUAUGGGCUUUCCGGCGGCGACCUUAAAUAAACGCAUUAAAAAAAUUGAAUGCUUUACAACGGACAAUUCUUUAUGGCACACUAUUUACAUAUCUUUUGUUUUUAUUGUGUUUGUAUGUUGGUUUGUUUUUGCAUGCAUGCAAGUUAUGUACAUUUGUAAUGUUGUAUUUUUCUGUAGUUUUUUCAAUUUAUGCAAAUAAAGGGUUAAUUUCACACUUAUUACAAAAAAUAAAAAUACUAUAAUGGUUUGUGUAUAUAAAGAUUUAUUAAAGAUCAUACGUAAGUGGUUGAUUGUAAAUCAAUAUAUUUCAAACAGGCGUCAAAUUGAGCCAAUACAUGUUGCAUAAUCGAAGUUUUACGUUUCUUAAAAUAUUUGAAUCAGUUAACAUAUGCAAAGAUAGAUGCAGAUACACAUAAAGCUACCUUAUUUAUAAAUAUCUUUUCUUAGCUGUUACAUGUUGAAUAUAUUUAUGUUUUACUUUUAAAUAAACACUUACAUAUUUGAGUUAUCAUAUUUCAUAUUCAUUUUUUCAUAAGUCUAUUUGUUACAUCAUGAUUGAUUGAUUUUCUUAA